ACUCGUUAGGCGACCCACUCCUCCACCCCGGAACCCCUCUCCCGGGACCCCACUUCCGGUCGUCAUUUGUAAGCCCCGCCUCCUGAGACCCCCUCCCCGGAAGUCCCACCUCCCAACUUCUGGGGUCUCCCCGAACCCCGACUUGUCUUUUAUUGUCGUGACUCCACCCUGUCGUCCAGCUUUCCUGGAAGUCCCACCCCCAGGCAUGCUGCUAAGCCCUACUACAAGAAACCCUUCUUUAGUCCGUCCACUUCUCCAAAACUCCGCCUCUUCACAGCGACUCUCCGCUAAGUCCUGUCUGUCAAAGCCUAGGUUCCGAGAGGGCAAAGGCUUGCUCCUCAAAGGAUUACCUUCCUGAAGCUGUGACUCGGGGGUUCCGCCCCCUCCGGGGGCUCCGCCCCUUCCGUAGUCCACGUCCGACCGUCCCGAAGCUCGGCUGCCUGGAAGUCCGAGGCGCGCGUCUAGGGGCCCACGCCCCCUUAAGAGAUUGAUCCCUGGGGACCCAGGUCGUCGCCUGCAGAGCUUGUCUCAGUCUCCCGCUUACACUGCCCUGUCCUUCCUCUCUCUGGGCCUCGGGCUCAGUUUCCUGACGCUCGUGCUCCUCCAGGUGGAAAGUCGAAGUCCCCAUCCCGGCUGGGAGGGAGACUAGAGGCGGCCGGCUUCUCUGCCCUUACCUUCAAGUAGAUUACCUCCAGGUGUGGGUCCACUGGAGGGGCGCUGGACUUGGGGUUUGGUAGGAGAGUGGGAGAGACACUUGCUCAGAAUUUUCCUUCCUAGGACCAGCAAACCGCUGAGGUCUUCCUGCCCGAGGCGGGGUGGGGCGGCGGGUUGUUGGUGGCGGCCUUUCGGGCCAACGGGAGCCAAAGUUUCCCUCCACCCGGGAAUGGUGGUUUGGAGCCCGGAGAAGCGACUAGUGUCCAUUUCGUGGUUUUUAAGGGACCCCUCAGUCCCCCUUCUCUGGGUCUUCCCCUCCCCCUGGGCAAAGCUGUGGUCUGGGCAUUCGGGUUCUGAUCCUGGCUCCGUUUGCAGCCUUCCUAGCUGGAGACAUUCCAGAGGCCCUCGCCAUUUCCUGCUACUUCCCGCCCUCCUUCCUCCUCUCUGCUGGCCUGAGAAGCAACAAGCGCUUUUUGCCUCACAUACCCAAUCGCCUGGACCUCCAGCAGGCAAUCUUCUUUCUCCCUGUGCAAAUUUCAGGAGUCAUCCUUUUUUCCUCCUAGUGGCCACACCUUUUGGGUCAUUCCCAUCUCUGGAUCUUGCAGUCUCACACAGCACUUCAUCUCUAAAGAUGAGGAUACUGGUUGUGUGUGUGUUGGAAGCAUGAAGCCAUGGCAGAAUCCUCCCUCAUUCUCUGUUUGAGAGCCGAGGCCUUAGCAAAUAGAAUUCCUUCUCAGGAAUGGGGGAAUGCAGUGACAUGGCUCUCGGGGAUGAGAACUGAGGGAAGUGGAGAGAGUUAAGGUACAUACCUUAAGUGCUGCUAGUGUUAAUCAUUUCACUCUUAUAGAUUGUUUUAAUCCUCUGAAGCAAACCUAAGGGUUAUGCUGAGAUGAGCCUGGGGGAAGAUGUAUCUUUUACUACUUGUAUUUUGGUUACUUUCCAACUUCCUUUAUGGCCUCAAGCAGAACUGCGGCAGGAAGUUGUGGGUGGCAGGAAUAGGCUUGGGACUGUUCCUUGAGUCCAGCCUCAGCUCAUCUUUUGGCACCCCUUUCUCCUGUCCUUAUUGACACAGAUUUGUCUUGCAACCACUCUAUCUAUAGUGGUCUGUAGCCUGCAUUUCUCUUUGGGAACUUUCAUUCUCCCACCUUCCCUUGCCAGACCUCUCCCCUAGUGUGAGGGACACUUUGGUGAGGUUGAAAGCCCUGCAAGAGGGGGGGUCUGGGUGUACCUGGCAGGCCCAACGGGUUUACCUUACUCUUAGUGCUCUGAUCCUCCUUUCUUACCUUUAUUAUUUUACUUUGCUAAUGGUCCCUUGGAAAUGGGCCAUUGUUCCUUGGUUGGUAGGCGCCAUGCAUGGAGAAAGAGGCUUGAAUAUAUCCUCUUGUUGGAGUUCUUGCCUUGUAGCUCCCUGAGGCACCACCCAGGUUGGACUUUAUUUCACUUACUUCACCAGCCUUGCCCACCCGCUAGGCCCAUGCUGCAUCCACUGGGACCACUUCCUUCCUGUCCCCGUUUCCCUCUCCCUCUCCCCAGUCCACAGCUGUUGUUGCAAAGGAUGUUAAUGGCCCAGGCUCCCCGGGGCCACUACCCCCCUGUAUAUGGUAGUGGUGGGAAGUGGCCUGGGCUGGAGGAUGGGGGAAUGUGUGUGUUCAACCUGGACAGGAAGGGAAAUGCUGAGUCCCGGGAUCCCCUCCCUUUCCACCCCCAGCUGUCUGUUUCCUCCCUCAUUCCCGGCUAGCCUCCCCUGGUUUCCUGAUCUCUUUUGCCUGCCCAUGUCCGGUUUGGAUUGAUCCAGACCUCCUCUUAUCUCCUUCCUUUCCUCCCUACUCCUCCAUCUUUCCCUUCCACCUCCACUUUCCUCCUCUCCAGAUUACUAGUUGCUGCCCUACACUGGGCAGGGGAAGGGUGUCGCUAGCUUUACCCUAGCAGGAGUUCUAGGUUGGGGCGGUGGUUGGGGGAGCUCAGCCCCUCUGAGCCUGUGAGUCAGCACUGUCCUUGGGAUUGGUCUCUCUCCUUAGUUCCCCGCCUCUGGGGAGGAGCCAGGCUGCUCCGGGUCCAGCCUAUUCUCCUCCUAGCCAGAGAAGAGGUUCCACGCUGGUGGGGAUGGGCCCCGAAACCGUCUGGGUCUGACCUGGGGGAAUGGAAAUCACUUGUCCUUCUCCUGCCCCAGGACCCCUGUGACUCCUGGGCCAUAGAGGUUCAGCCAGGCUAAGGGCCUGGGAAUGCCCCCUGCCUGGCCCCCUUGCCUGAACUGGCAGGGGGGCCGGGCUGGGCAGCAGCCCCCCUCUAACUCCAGCCAUGGAUCUCCUUCCCCCCAAGCCCAAGUACAACCCACUUCGGAAUGAGUCUCUGUCAUCGCUGGAGGAGGGGGCUUCAGGGUCCACCCCCCCGGAGGAGCUACCUUCCCCAUCAGCUUCGUCUCUGGGGCCCAUCCUGCCUCCUCUGCCUGGGGACGACAGUCCCACUACCCUGUGCUCCUUCUUUCCCCGGAUGAGCAACCUGAAGCUGGCCAACCCGGCUGGGGGACGCCUGGGGCCUAAGGGGGAGACUGGAAGGGCAGCCGAGGAUGGGGAGGGGAUCACAGGAGCAGCCAUGCCAGACUCAGGCCCCCUGCCCCUCCUCCAGGACAUGAACAAGCUGAGUGGAGGCGGCGGGCGCAGGACUCGGGUGGAAGGGGGCCAGCUGGGGGGCGAGGAGUGGACCCGCCACGGGAGCUUUGUCAAUAAGCCCACGAGGGGCUGGCUGCAUCCCAACGACAAAGUCAUGGGACCUGGGGUUUCCUACUUGGUUCGGUACAUGGGCUGUGUGGAGGUCCUGCAGUCGAUGCGUGCCCUUGACUUCAAUACCCGGACUCAGGUCACCAGGGAGGCCAUCAGUCUGGUGUGUGAGGCUGUGCCGGGUGCUAAGGGGGCAACAAGGAGGAGAAAGCCCUGCAGCCGCCCACUCAGCUCUAUCCUGGGGAGGAGUAACCUGAAAUUUGCUGGAAUGCCAAUCACUCUCACCGUCUCCACCAGCAGCCUCAAUCUCAUGGCCGCAGACUGCAAACAGAUCAUUGCCAACCACCACAUGCAGUCUAUCUCAUUUGCGUCCGGCGGGGAUCCGGACACAGCCGAGUAUGUCGCCUAUGUUGCCAAAGACCCUGUGAAUCAGAGAGCCUGUCACAUACUGGAGUGUCCAGAAGGGCUCGCCCAGGAUGUCAUCAGCACUAUUGGCCAGGCCUUCGAGUUGCGCUUCAAACAAUACCUCAGGAACCCACCCAAGCUGGUCACCCCUCAUGACAGGAUGGCUGGUUUUGAUGGCUCCGCCUGGGAUGAGGAGGAGGAAGAGCCACCCGACCAUCAGUACUAUAAUGACUUUCCGGGGAAGGAGCCCCCUCUAGGGGGGGUGGUAGACAUGAGGCUUCGGGAAGGAGCCCCUUCAGGAGUUGCUCGCCCCACUCCACCCAGUGUCCAGACCUCUAGCCACCUGGGAGCUACACUGCCUGUCGGACAGUCUGCCGGGGGAGACCCAGAAGUCCGCAAACAGAUACCACUUCCACCCCCCUGCCCAGCAGGUAGAGAGCUCUUCGAUGAUCCCUCCUAUGUCAAUGUGCAGAACCUAGACAAGGCCCGGCAAGCAGGGGGUGGGGCUGGGCCCCCCAAUCCUGCUGUCAAUGGCAGUGUACCCCGGGACCUCUUUGAUAUGAAACCCUUUGAAGACGCCCUUCGGGUACCUCCCCAACCCCAGUCCAUGUCCAUGGCUGAACAGCUCCGAGGGGAGCCCUGGUUCCAUGGGAAGCUGAAUCGGCGGGAGGCAGAGGCGCUGCUUCAGCUCAACGGGGACUUCCUGGUGCGAGAGAGCACGACCACACCUGGCCAGUACGUGCUCACUGGCCUGCAGAGUGGGCAGCCCAAGCACCUGCUUCUGGUGGAUCCUGAGGGUGUGGUUCGGACAAAGGAUCACCGCUUUGAGAGUGUCAGUCAUCUCAUCAGCUAUCACAUGGACAAUCAUUUGCCCAUCAUCUCUGCGGGCAGCGAACUAUGUCUACAGCAACCUGUGGAGCGGAAACUGUGAUCCUUCCCAGCCUCUCUCCCAGAAGAUGCUCUCCAACCCCCUCCACCUUCCUUCCCAACUCUCAGGAACUCACUUGGGAGUGUUCUGUGGGGCUUGGCCUUGGGUAGGAGCUGGGUGUAGUGUGGACUCUGGGUUUAGUAUCCAGCUGAGGGAGGAUUUGUCAGGAGCCUGGGGUAGAGCCCUGCUUCUCCCCAAACCUCACCAAAGUAUUAAUGUACAGAGUGGCCUCCUUGCCUGGGCCUUUCCUGUGCCAAUCUGAUGUUCCCUUCCUCAAGAAGGCAGGUGCUUGUAAUGGAACACGCCCUGUGGUGAUAAGCCCAGCGAAGCUAUCAGCCUUCUGGGGAAGCGGAAACAAAUCACACCUCUGGUCCACCCUGGGCUUCAGGGUACCCCUGACCCCUCUCAGUCCCCCUCUGCCCUAGUGUUUAAACUUUGUGCCUUUGACCAUCUCCUAGGUCUGAAGAUAUUUUAUGCAAAGAGGCCCCUGAAUUCAAGGACAGGGGUGUUGACACCUUUUUGGCUUUUGGAACCCUGCCCUCUUCUUGCUCAGCAUCCCUCCAGUUUGGGAUGGGAGAACAGAGGCAGGGCUGGCAGCUGUGUCCCCUCUCCCUGGGGAUACAAAACCCUUAGAGAUUGCUCCAGAACCCCCCUACCGGCCAGGGGGUAGUUGGACCCCUCCCUGCUCAGUGCCUCCUGGCCGGGGCCCCUCCCACAAGGGGUCUGUAUAUACAUUUCGUAAGCUCCGCCUUUUCUCUGUUGCAUGCAUGUUUUACUCUACAGCCAAAGUAGCCCUUCGUCCUGUAGCUCCACCCUGCCUCCCCAUCUGUGGCAGUGCUGUGGCAGUGUGGGUGGCUGAAUUUGGGCCUCCUGUACAUACAGUAAACUGACCCAGGUGGGUUUUGUGGAGGCGGGAACAGGGGUAUUAAGACUCUAAGGCAUUGGACAAUCCCCAAAUACUAUCUGUAGAUUUGGAACUGUUUUUACUUUAUAUGCAUAUACUUUAGGGCUGUAGAUUUAUUUUCCUAAUCUUGAUUUCCAUGGCUUUUGAGCACAAAAUGAUGAUAAUCGAUUACAUUUAUAUAUCACCUCUUUGACUUUUCCAAGUCCUUUUACAAUUGGCAUUUUUCUCAGAGGUAACUAGGACUGGGAGCAUUUUUUUUUUUUUUUAAAUGUAAGACCUGCAGCAGAAACUGAUUUAGUCCUGGGACUGAGUUUGGGUCCCUUACCGUGAGGCUGGGAAGUGUGGCUGAGUAUUGGUACAAUGUCACGAAGCGGUAGCUUAAAACCUCCAGGUGUGGAGCACCUUCUAGGCGCGACCUGGAGAGACGGACGGAAGCCGGCCCUGCGGGCUCUCCAGGCCGUGGGGAUCCGGGAGGAUCACUGUUAAAUUCUGGCCGCCGCCUCUUUUUGUUUGGAUGUUUCCACGGGUCUCAGUUAUACCAAAGGGAAAGUCUUCAUUAAAGUCCGUAUUUCUUCUA